CUUCCGCCGGUCUGUUAGCUUGACGUCAGAGUGCAGGCAGGGGGAGGCUGCUGCUGCUGCCGCCGGAUUCAGUGAACAAAAUAUGGACAGUCAAGGCAGAAAAGUCGUGGUUUGUGACAAUGGAACCGGGUUUGUCAAGUGCGGAUAUGCAGGCUCCAACUUCCCCGAGCACAUUUUCCCAGCGCUGGUUGGCCGGCCAAUCAUCCGCUCCACAGCUAAAGUUGGCAACAUUGAAAUCAAGGACCUGAUGGUGGGGGACGAGGCCAGCGAGCUGCGCUCCAUGUUGGAGGUGAACUACCCCAUGGAGAACGGCAUCGUCAGGAACUGGGACGACAUGAAGCACCUGUGGGACUACACCUUCGGCCCUGAGAAACUCAACAUCAACUCGCGCGACUGCAAGAUCCUUCUGACCGAGCCGCCCAUGAAUCCCACCAAGAACAGAGAAAAGAUUAUAGAGGUGAUGUUUGAAACGUACCAGUUCACCGGAGUUUAUAUCGCCAUCCAGGCUGUCCUCACGCUCUACGCUCAAGGGCUAUUGACUGGAGUGGUGGUCGACUCUGGCGACGGCGUCACCCACAUCUGUCCAGUGUAUGAGGGCUUCUCGCUGCCCCACCUGACCCGACGCCUUGACAUCGCAGGGAGGGACAUCACACGCUACCUCAUCAAGCUGCUGCUGCUGCGAGGCUACGCCUUCAACCACUCAGCAGACUUUGAGACGGUGAGGAUGAUGAAGGAGAAGCUUUGCUACGUGGGUUAUAACAUCGAGCAGGAGCAGAAGCUGGCGCUGGAGACAACAGUGCUGGUUGAGUCGUACACGCUCCCAGACGGCAGGGUGAUCAAGGUGGGAGGUGAAAGGUUCGAAGCCCCCGAGGCUCUGUUUCAACCUCACCUCAUCAACGUGGAGGGGGUGGGUGUGGCCGAGCUGCUCUUCAACACCAUCCAGGCCGCAGAUAUCGACACCAGGUCUGAGUUCUACAAACACAUCGUCCUGUCUGGAGGCUCCACCAUGUAUCCCGGCCUGCCGUCCCGCCUGGAGCGCGAACUGAAGCAGCUGUACCUGGAGCGAGUGCUGAAGGGAGACGUAGACAAGCUAUCGAAAUUCAAGAUCAGGAUAGAGGACCCCCCUCGGCGUAAACACAUGGUGUUCCUGGGCGGCGCCGUGCUGGCUGACAUCAUGAAGGACAAGGACAACUUCUGGAUGACGCGGGAGGAGUACCAGGAGAAAGGGAUGCGAGUGCUGGAGAAGCUCGGAGUCACCGUCAGAUAAAACACAAACAAACAGAAACACUUCCCACUCCCCAACCUACCUGCCGCCCCCUCCAUCUACCCUCUCAGCUGAUACCCAUGCGGCGCUUACCUUGAUGUGUCUGGAUGGUCACACUGUCCUCCGUUCACACUCAUUUUUAAAAAGCAAGGAGGGAGGAAGGGAACGAGGCAUGGAGGAUCUGGGGUAAGAAGUCUCAUGGCGAGGGCAGAGAGUUUACAGAGGUCAUGAAUAUUUGCCCACAACACAAAAACCCCCCGAUAAAUUAUGUUUUGAGAUGCACAAGGUAGCGCCAUAAAGUUCUCUGUUUAAAGGAAUAGUCCAACAUUUUAGGAAAUGUUUGCUUUUUUUGGGAAGAGAUAACAAGAAUGAAGCCACUCACAUCAGUGUGUGUAACAUAAACCUGGAGCCAGGACACUGUUAGCUUAGCCUAGCAUAAAGACUGGACGCAGGGGGAAAGGGCUCACCUGGCUCUGUCCAAUGUGACAAAAUUACUUACAGCAUCAUGUUCGAGCUGCAGGUUUCUGAGACCUGGAGGUGGCCGGAUGACUCACUGGAUUUUUAGCGUCACAUAAAGCAAGGACGUAAUCUCUAAAGUUUGUCGAACAGGCCAGCCAGCACAAAGCAGAUGAGACGAGAGAGGAUUUGAUAAAAGUAUUGAUAAGCUCACCUGAGUCACCUUCACGUGUUACAUCCAGAUUUAUUGAUAUCUGGAUUUUUUAUGCCCUGAGUGUCUCCUCUCAGGCUACAUACAGGCUGCUCACCCUCUCUAUCUGUUUCUACGGUUUAUUAUUUAAUCUAUGAAGGAAACUUAAAAUGAUUUCAGUAGUUAGUGCAUUAACAAUAUCUUGUUUGUGUAACUGUGGUAUAAACAGAUUAAAUAAUUGAGAGAUAACAUCCUAGUCAGUGACCUCUGGAGGAGCUGGUAGGCAGAUUUUGUUACCUUCAGACAGAGUUUCCAAUCUUUAUGCUAAGCUAAGCUAACCGAGCCUGUUCUCAUUCCAAUGUCGUCAAAUACCACCGCUUUGUCAGUGAUAUUGGUGCCAGAAACCAGCGCAAAAAGGCACCCUUCACAGCGGUAUGAUGCACCUCCAGGCAGAGUCAGUUUAUAGUGGCACCGGAUGUCAUCUGGUGACAGCGUUGCUAUGAUACACCCCUGAGCAGUGCAUUUUAUUAUGCUGCCAGACAGCAUCAGUUUGAAACGGCACUGAUAACAAUGUAAUAGAAGAAGCUGAAAAGUCCCUGUAGGCCGUGUGGGAGAGAUGGUGGAUGGGUCAAUGAAAACCUGGACUUUCACCCAGGUGCCCGAUGGUCACUUCCUGUAUCAAUGUUGAGCCAAAUCAUGAUGUUUAUCAAACCUAACCACGUGCAUUUGUUGCACAAGGAAGUAGACAAGAAGACAAGUAUGUGUCUAAUGAGCAGAAGCUGAACAUUUUCUGCAGAAAUAAAAGUGUGUUUUAAAAGAAACAACGCACGUAACAAGAGUAACAUGACAGGUGUGCCAGAACGUUAACAUCAGACGCAGGAGGAUACCCAGUGCAGCGUAUGUAGACGUGAAAGUCACCGAGAAGACGUCCAUAUUUGAGGAGUUGGGAUGAGAACAUGUUGGCUAACCUUGGCUUUAUGGUAACGGCACAGACAUGAGAGCGGUCGUCUAACUCCUGGCCAAAAAAAGCAAAUAAGGGUAUUUCUCAAAAUGUCAAACUGUUCCUUUAAAGAUUAAAUCAUUAACCAUGGCAUAAAAAAGUCAGACUGUUCAUGCUCAGACUGUUCACUUUGAUCAAGUGCAGAUAUUCCUUCUUUUUUUUUUUUUUUUUUUUUUUAGAGCAACUCCGCUGCAGGUAUUUCAGGUCAUGUGCCCCUCAUGCAAGGCCAGAAAGAGCUCUUGGUUGUUUCCAACUUGAAGACGAGGAUGAUGAUGAUGAUGAUUAUCAUUAUUAUUAUUAGUGGUGCAUUUGAGUUCCUUUCCAAAACGAGACCCUCGCCAUGUGAAAAAUGUGCCACCUAAUCUGUGAAAACAGAUGCCGGCAUUAAAAAUAAUGCUCACAGUGUGGAGCAUUACAGAGAUUAGCUGUGUGAACAAAUAGAUCAUUACAUACUGUGUCUUUUAACAAACUGAUCAUCCAAUAACCCCCCCCCCCCCAUUUCCUGUUUAAAGUUUGGGAGUGAGUCACUGUUGGUGCAGGGCAGGUGGCCAUUUUUAACCCGGCACCUCAUUUGUCCAUCUCUGCGUGUUCUCUUUGUUGGGACGUGUGUUGCUUUGUAUCUUCCACACCACUUGAAUAUGAAGAUGUGAGAUGAACGUGUGGGAAACGUCUCAAUGAAACUUGAAGUAUUUUAGUUUUCCCGCCCUCUUCCUGAAUCACAGUGUUGGAAGGUUUGCGUUGUGGUGGUGAGAAGAGUUUUGAUUUCUCUCUGUAUGUGUUCACCACCAACAAAUCAACCAUCGCAGAGAGAACGGUUUCCAUUCCGUCAUGAUUACAAAGCUUAAAGUCAUUCCUUAGUCUUGAUGCAGGACUGUCAUUCUGCGCAUCAACGUCCUGCAUCGAUACAUGAAGUUCAGACGUUUCCGUCACUGAGCAGCUCUUAACAGUUUUUACAGGAAGUUAUAUUAAAAGUAUGAACUCACUGGAUGUUAAACAAUCUUUAUAGUAACCUGUGAGGUGGGAAAAUGAUGUUAAGUGUGUUUGAAAGUAACAAAAAAUUUACCCUGACAGAGAAAGGUCUCUCCUAUGACAGUCUCCAAGCUGUAAUUUAACUUCCAGCCACAAGCGGCAGCAGUGAGCAGAGAUCUAUGCUGUGUUUAGUAGUAGUUCCACUUGCCCUCAUUCACUUCCCUUCAGCCCUUUGGUAUUUAGUAACAGCUUACGUCCCACAGAGGCCACUUGGAGAGCGAAGGGAAAACAGGCAGGGGAUUUAAUUGGAACACACCUUCCCUCAUUCACUCUCCACCCAGCUAUAAAGGAUCGACCACCAGUUGCAGGAUUAGUGCUGUACUGCUUUUCUUCUUUACAAAUCAUCAGAUAGACCCGCACGCUCCUUUUUGUGAAGUAAAGGUGUCCUCUGCAAUAAUUAUUGCAAUAUUAGCAGGCACUUAAUUAGCUGCAUCAGUUUCUGAUUAAGACAUUUCAUUUUAUGAUCUGCAUCAUGAUUUAAAAUAUUGUUACUGGUGUGUGACAUCUUGUAAAACGGCAAAGUUUCCAUGCGUCUACAGAUAAUGUUGAAAUAAAAAAAAAUACACAGCAGUACAACAAUCAAAUUAAUUAUUAAGUGCAAUUAAUUAUGAUAUAUUUUCAGUUAAAUAUCAAGCUGUCAGAGAUUUUCUUGAGAAACUAUCUGCUGAUAGUCGAGUGAAUCUGUACACCUGUAUGUGUACUUAUACAUACAGACCUGUUAGUAAAUCUGAAACUGAAAAGCAUGUUGAAUAAUGAAUUUAUUUAAUUUUAUUUUUAUUUAUUAUUUUAUUUAUUUCCAGAGUUAUUCAUCUUCCUCUUCUGUGGCGCAACCAGAUUUUUACGUACAUUACUGCCUCCUAACCAUGGAUGUAUUUUCUUGCAUCAGCUGCAUAAUUGCAAUGCAUUAUGGGUGAUAAAGACCUCUGGAGUGACCAUCGCUGUUCACUUGCUCCCUCAGCCCUCCGAGGGUCGACCUCACCAGGUUCACUUCAGUUUUUCCAGACAGUUGGAACGACACUUUCGAUGGCAGCAGGGAGUCAAUGAGGGCAUGUUGAACUACUAUUGAAACGCAGCACUGUUUCACACAAUUUGCAGCCAACAAGCUGUGAUGUGAACAUGACAUCACUUCCUCUCGUGCUCAUUUUGACACGUUAUUUGUGACCCAUGCGUGAGCAUGUGAAAGGCCUUUAGGACUCAGUGAUUUAAAGAGCUGCAGAGAUUAGCUGAUCAGUAACUGACAGAAAUUAACCGGCAGCUGUUGUCAGUAUUGACUGUCAUGUUCUAAGCCAAAAAUUAGAGAUGUCCCAGUCAGGUGUCUUUGUCCCCUGUCCUUUAUAGAGAGUAUUCUCCAGUGUUUGUUGCUGUGCAGCCUCUGCCUGAGUUACCUGAACCAACUGUCUGCUUCUUUUGUGCAGAUUAGAUUAAUAUAUUACUUUGAUGGAUAGAUUACUGAAUGGGCCAACCGGGCACAGGCCCAGGCAAGAGUUCACUUGAAGAGACACAUACCAACCAGGAAGAGAUGCAAAAUGACCACAAAGAGACACAAAACAACUACAAGGAGAUGCAAAACAGCUGCAAAGAGACACAGACUUGCGACAACUUCAAAAAGAGGCAAAGUAACAACAAAUAGACACAAAACCACAGACGCCAAAUAACCAAAAAGUCUGUCAGUACGUUCAUACGACAUUAGAGAAAACUGAUUUAUUGUGUUAGUUCGACUAAAACCAGACACAUGUAAACAUGUUAGUUCAACUACCACACCCAGAUCAUGUGACUCCUGCAUGUAUACAGUCAGUCAGACCCAAACUGGCCGAGGUGCUCUGAGCAUGCUCCACAGUUUCCACCCCGGGCUUUGACCCAGAAAUCCAGUAGCAUUGAAUGUGUAAGAGAAGAAGAAGCCGGUAACAACAUGGAGAAAUUGGAUGGACGAGGAGACACAGUUCAUGUUGUGUCAGCUGAUAUAUGGAUGAGAGGAAAACAUGGAAAUGUUCAAAAAAGUGGCGCCGCUUGAUUGUUUGGUCUGUGAUGUAAUAGGUCAAUCAGAAAAAGGACAUACUUGGCUCAAUAAAUGGAUUCCCCUCCCGUGCUUGUAUACUGGGACAAGGACAGUAGGCCAGUUAAAUGUCCUCGCUGAGCUGCAACUAUAGCUCCACUUCACUGUGGAUGUUAACGUACUGAGUGUGUCUCGCUCUCCAGUAUCAGAGUUGGUGGGGCCGUCUGCAUGUCUGUGCCCAGGGCCCCAUUAUCUCUUAUUCCGCCCAUGAUUACCCCCAUUGGCUGUUUGCUCGCUGAGCUUUUGUUGCACCUGCAGUGGCACAGUGAGUGUGGACUGUCUCUACCCCGCCUGCUGUGAAACACCAUGCGCCAUAGAUGACAGCAAAACACAAGAGACACACACACACACUGAGCUGAAAGGAAACAAGUGCUCAUGGCUUCAAUAAAUAAUGCUGUCGUUUAUGGCGAGUGGUGUGGCGCUCAGCGGAGUGGAGGAGAGACGGACAGUGAGAGUUGACAGCUGCACUCGUUUCGUUGCUGUGCAUGAAAGCUUUGUGAGUAAAAACACCUGUGUGGCAGUGAAUGUAAAACAAAGGAGUUAAACAAGCUCGAUUUAGCUGAAUCAUCAGUUAAGAAAUAUCUUGAUCGACCUGAUACCAAUCUUUGAUAUCACUCUGUGACAUCCCAACAAAAAAAAUCCUAACAUUCUUUUGUACAAGCUUCUUAUUUGUGAACAUUUUCUCCUCUGUGUCUUAGUAAACUGAACGUCUUUGGGUUUUAAACGAGAUAUUUAAAGACGACACUGAAAGUUUAACGCUGUGACAAUUUACAGACCAAACAAUUAUUUGAGAAAACAAUCAGGAAGAUUGAUCGUUAAUAACAGCUCGACACAUUCCUCUCCAAAUGUUUUUCAAAACAGAAAUCUUUCAAAAAGAAAUCUUGCUGCACUUUUGAUUCUGUGGAAGAGGCCUUUCUUGGUCAAACGAAUUCAUGUGUUUUGUUACUUAACACUUGUGUAACACAGAUUUUUCCCAUUUUACGGGUCACGAAGAAGAAAGUUUGUAUUCAUUCUUUUCAUAACAAGUUUAAUGAGCCGCUCAGUGGGAGAUGCAGGACUGUGAUACAGAAUAUGACAGUCCUGAAUCAUAGCUCGUCCUUUUCUCUUGUGCCAAAAUGCACCAUGCUUCCAGCUCAGCUUCUUCUUUUAUAACAUUUCUCUUCUCUUUAUGUUUUUGAUCAUUGCUGUGCUUUUUGUUUCAGAGACCAGGCUGUUCUCUGACCGACUGUUAUACGUCUGAUUGUACAGCUGUUUGUUGACCUGUAUCAUUCCCUGUGUUCGCUGUAGUCACAGUGAAGCUUUGUGGCCUCAGCAGCUGAUCUGGGUUCAGUCAUCACUAUCAAACUAAAGUGUGAUGAACAACUUGAUUGGCUGGUCCUGGGUCAGAUGUUAGUGGCAGAACGAAACAUCCUGUUUGAAGAUGGAAAUGUCUGAAAGGAAAUUAUUCCAUGUGUUGGUCGAGAAGGAAAGGAGGUGUGGAUGAAGUCAGUCAGUGUCAGCUGAUGACGCAUAUAUUCCUGUAACCAUAAACGAUCUCAUUGGUUGAGAGAAGUCUCAGUGGGCGGAGCAAAACAAAGCCAAGUAACACAGAAAAUAACAAAAGACAAGAAAGCUAUGAACAUUAGCUUCCUGCUGUACAAUGCUAACUGUUAGCUCAUCAGUGCAGCUGGACUUCAGUGUUCAGGCUAGCCUGUUGCUAGUUAGUGAACAUAUGCUCUUCAGCCAAUCAGAUCAUUCUGGGAUGUUUGUGCAUCUAUAACACUGACUGCGCUCUGCCAGGAUAUAUAGAGAACCUUUUCCAUUUGAAUGAACAUUCCUCUGAUUAUAAAUCUUCCAGUUGUCUUCUUCCUCACGACCACACCUCCGUCUCCUUCUCGGCCUCGGCUGUACUGAAGAUGAAUUUGAGGAGAACAUAAUUUGUGUGGGUUUACUGAAAUAUUAUUUGUAAUAUUAAUAAGAAUCUGGUGUCAGGAAAUGGAGACCAUGUAAAAGCUGGUAUUUGUGGUUUUCCGCCUGGGUUCUUACGUGUAUAUUGGAGGCACUUCGCUCACAUAUAUAAAUAUAAAAUGUAUAAUUUCCUCUUGACAAACACGGUCAUCAAGUGCCAAGUACAGUUAUUCUUGCUGGAUAUUAUUUUUGGUCGUCCUUUUUAUGUUUUGUUUAUAGCAUAACUGCCAGCCGCCGAUUUAAAUAAAGCAGAGUGAUUUAUAG